AUGUGGAAUGAAGUCGAAAGCCAACAAGCUGUUGCUGAUAUCGACGAAGCCAUUAAGUGGAUCACCACAAUCGACUUUUCACUUGGAGUCGGGUCGUUUACCGUUAUUCAAGAUCUUCAGUUCCGUCCCAAGCUCACGUCACUGCCGCUGAGUUUUGAAAGUGUUAGUGUACCAGGGUUACACGCAAGUGGCUACAUGAAGCCACUUGAUUACGACAAUGGUUUUCACGUUGGUGUGGGAUACACCAAUGGUUACGUUUGA